AUGUUUGGAGGAUGAUGGACGCUAGAUAUGAAAUCAUGCAAGCAUUGAUUCGUGGACAAUGCGUUUCUUUAAUCAGAACAAUUUUAUUUGAAAAGGAUGAUAAAAGUCCACGUGGAAUAAGUUCAAGGUUGUCAAAACAUUUACAUUUCCCUAGACUUUACGCAUGGCCUCUGGAACAAAAAGAAAGUGAUUUACAAGUGGCUAUUAAUUAUUCUGGUGAUCGUCGUAUAGAUACAAUGAUUGUGGGAUAUCUCUUAAACUAUUAUUCAGAUAAUGCUAUGAAUAAUGCUGGAUGGAUGUUUACCGUUACUAAAGCAUUACCUGACUUGUACGAUCAUAAUAUGGAAAUUCAAAUUGAUACAUCACUUAUAAAUCGCAGUGAUUUAUUCGAAGGGCGUUUUAAACUUGUUCACUCCCUAUACAUUAAACGAGAACUUUUACGCAGACCAGCAACAAAACCACGUGAAAAAAACCAAAUUAUUCAGAAGAUUUCAGAUUUUUUUUCAUAUGAGAAAGUUAUUGAAGAAGUGGAAGAAUUAGAAGAAGUUUUCAAAGAUAAGAAAACCGG